AUGCCAAUACAAUUGUCAGAUUUUCAGAAGAUCGGUCUCGGUCUGUCAAUAUUUGGUGUUGGUUUUAUUUUUCUUGGUAUGAUUUUUUUAUUUGAUAAAGGUUUACUUGCAGUUGGAAAUAUUUUAUUUCUUGCUGGUUUAAGUAUGAUUAUUGGAUUUGAACGUACAUUUCGAUUUUUCUUUCAACGUACAAAAAUUAAGGCUACAUUUCUUUUCUUUGGUGGUAUUGGAAUUGUUUUAUUUGGUUGGCCAAUGGUUGGAAUGAUUUUUGAAAUAUAUGGAUUUUUUCUUCUGUUUGGUGGUUUCAUUCCAAUUGCAAUUAAUUUUCUUCGACGUUUGCCAAUCAUCGGUUCAAUUUUAUUGUUGCCGGGUAUUCGACAAGUUGUCGAUAGAUUAUGUGAAAGUCGAUCGAUGGAACAUAAUGUUUGUUCAAUGUGGUUUACAAUCGAUAUUAAGAAAUAUUCUUUCUAUCGUUAUCGAUAUGAUUUAUUAUUACGACAAAAUGUAAAUCGUUUAUCAAAACGAACACAAUCUAGCUUCACACCACCUUCAAACAAUAAUAGUAAUCAAUCAGUUUCAUCAGAAAAAAAUCCAUCUACAAUAACAACAGUAUUAAAAGGUUUCAAUCUAAAUAUAAUAUCAAUAGAACUCAUCUGUUUACUUUUAGCUCGUCCACGUAAUACACAAGUAAAUGAUGUUCCUGAAAGUUAUACAGAUAAUAAACUUAUUACAGCUGUACGAGCUAUGCAUGAAUAUUUAUUAAGUCCAUCAGAUUUAGAAACACUUCAAAAAUAUAAAACACGUUCACCUUAUACAGAUGUUGCUGAUAGUUCACGUAUGCUUACAGUUUAUCGACGAGGUGAUGUCGAAAAACGAGCUCAUGAAGUGUGGGGUAGUCAAGAAAAUUUAAAUAAAGAAAAAGCUAAACGAACUAAAGCUCUACGAGAUGAAGAUGAAGCUAAGUUUGGUUUAAAAAAAGCCAUUAAAGAAUAUCAAAAACGUUUAAUAUUAAUAGAAAAUGCAUCAUUUGAUAAUCGAAAAGCAGUUAAAAAAAAUAUUCUUACCACUGGUAGUGGAAAAGUAGUUAUUGCAGCUGUUCUUAUUAAUGCAACAAAUGCCGUUGUUAAAACUAUUGGUUGGUUAUUUACAGGUUCGGCUUCAUUAUUUUCUGAAGCAGUACAUUCCAUUGCUGAUACAUGUAAUCAACUUAUAUUAUCAUUUGGUUUAUGGCAAUCAAUCAAAAAACCUAACCCUGAACAUCCUUAUGGUUAUUCAAAUAUGACAUAUAUAUCUUCACUUAUUAGUGGUGUAGGAAUAUUCUGUUUUGGCACAGGUCUAGCUUGGUAUCAUGGUAUAUUAGUAUUAUUAUAUCCUCAAGAAAUGGAAUCUGUCGUUUGGGGUAUAACACUUUUAAGUGGUUCAUUAAUAUCUGAAGGAGCAACACUUUAUAUGGCUGCUAAUGAAAUUCGAGCAUCAGCUAAAGAAACUGGCAUGAAAUUUUGGGAAUAUGUUAGUCAAGGAUAUAAACCAAAUGUAAAUGUUGUCCUAUUAGAAGAUUUAGCAGCUGUUUUAGGUGUAUGUGUAGCUGCUACGGCUAUGGGUCUUUCACUUUAUCUUCAUUCACCUAUUCCAGAUGCCAUUGGAUCACUUAUUAUUGGUUGUAUUUUAGGUGGUGUUGCUUCUUUUAUUAUUUAUUCAAAUACAGCUGCACUUGUUGGACGAUCUAUUCAUCCGAAUCAGAUUGAAGCUAUUAAUAAUGAUUUAGAAAAUGAUCGAAUGGUUCGUGCAUUGUAUGAUAUUAAAGCAACUGAUAUGGGUUCACAAUCAGUUAUGUUUAAAGCUGAAGUUGAUAUUGAUGGAAGAGAAAUAGCUCGAUCGUAUUUAGAAAGAAUUGAUAUUGAACUUCUUCUUAAAGAAAUUCAAAAAAUUGAUACAGCUGAAUCAGUUGAAAUGUUUCUUCUUAAACAUGGAGAAAAUGUUGUCGAUAGAGUUGGAGCAGAAAUUGAUCGUAUCGAACGAAAUCUUCGAAAAAAGCAUCCCUAUUUACGACAUGUUGAUUUAGAAGUUCUUUAG